UUUUUUCGUAUCGGAGGAGUCGCGGCGGAUCUACCUUAUGGAUGGAUAGAUAAAUGCUUGGAUUUUUGUGAUUAUUUUUUAACAGGGGUUGGUGAAUAUCAAAAACUUAUUACACGAAAUCCUAUUUUUUUAGAACGAGUUGAGGGAAUAGGCAUUAUUGGUGGAGAAGAAGCAAUAAAUUGGGGUUUAUCUGGACCAAUGCUACGAGCAUCUGGUAUACAAUGGGAUCUUCGGAAAGUUGAUCGUUAUGAGUGUUAUGACGAAUUUGAUUGGGAAAUCCAGUGGCAAAAAGAAGGAGAUUCUUUAGCUCGUUAUUUAGUCCGAAUCAGUGAAAUGACAGAAUCCAUAAAAAUAAUUCAACAGGCUCUGGAAGGAAUUCCGGGGGGUCCUUACGAGAAUUUAGAAAUCCGAUGUUUUGAUAGAGAAAGGGCUGCAAAAUGGAAUGAUUUUGAAUAUCGAUUCAUUAGUAAAAAACCGUCUCCUACAUUUGAAUUGCCGAAACAAGAACUUUAUGUGAGAGUUGAAGCUCCAAAGGGAGAAUUGGGAAUUUUUCUGAUAGGGGAUCAAAGCGGUUUUCCUUGGAGAUGGAAAAUUCGCCCGCCGGGUUUUAUCAAUUUGCAAAUUCUUCCUCAGUUAGUUAAAAAAAUGAAAUUGGCUGAUAUUAUGACGAUACUAGGUAGCAUAGAUAUUAUUAUGGGAGAAGUUGAUCGUUGAAAUGAUAAUUUAUACAACGGACGUACAAGAUAUCAAUUCUUUUUCAAAAUUUGGAUCUUUAAAAGAGGUCUACGAGAUCAUAUGGAUAUUUGUCCCUAUUUUGACUCUUGUAUUGGGAAUCACAAUAGGUGUACUCGUAAUUGUAUGGUUAGAACGAGAAAUAUCUGCAGGAAUACAACAACGUACUGGUCCUGAAUACGCCGGACCUUUGGGAAUUCUUCAAGCUCUAGCGGAUGGGACAAAACUGCUUUUCAAAGAGAAUCUUUUUCCUUCUAGAGGAAAUACCCGAUUAUUUAGUAUUGGACCAUCUAUAGCAGUCAUAUCUAUUUUACUAAGUUUUUCAGUAAUUCCUUUUAGCUAUCACCUUGUUUUAGCCGAUCUCAAUAUUGGUAUUUUUUUAUGGAUUGCCAUUUCAAGUAUUGCUCCUGUUGGACUUCUUAUGUCAGGAUAUGGAUCAAAUAACAAAUAUUCUUUUUUAGGUGGUUUGCGAGCUGCUGCGCAAUCGAUUAGCUAUGAAAUACCAUUAACUCUAUGCGUUUUAUCAAUCUCUCUACGUGUGAUUCGUUAAAAUCGAAAUUUUUAUUUUCCCUAUUUCUUUCGUUCUAA